AUGUCUCACCCUCCCACCCCCAUCCAAACCCGCGAUGAAGGAACCCGCCUGCAAGUCGUCCUCGCCGGCGCAAUCUCCGGCCUCAUCUCCCGCUUCUGCAUAGCACCUCUCGACGUCGUCAAGAUCCGCCUACAACUGCACUAUCACUCCCUCGCCGACCCUUUAUCCACCCCGCUACGAUCACGGCCGACGCCGACGGGAAUCUUCCUGACGGUGAAGGAUAUCUACACCCACGAAGGCCUCCCAGGAUUCUGGAAGGGAAACAUCCCAGCGGAGGGGCUGUAUCUGGGAUAUGCGGCUGUGCAGUUCUUGACAUACCGCAGUGUGUCCCAGGCAUUGAACAAGCUCGAAGAGGAUCUAAAGGUCAACAUCAACGGCACAGCGAAAAGCUUCAUCGCCGGCGCCAUAGCAGGCACCGCAGCCACGACAACGACCUACCCCCUCGACCUCCUCCGCACCCGCUUCGCCGCCCAAGGAACCGAACGCGUGUACGAUGGUCUACUCGCCAGCAUCCGCGACAUCUCCCGCCACGAAGGAGCAGCGGGAUGGUUCAAAGGCCUAAACGCCGGAAUAGGCCAAAUUGUCCCCUACAUGGGUCUCUUCUUCGCGCUCUAUGAAGGUCUCAAACCCUCCCUCGCAACGAUCCAACUUCCAUUCGGAUCGGGCGAUGCAGUCGCGGGCGUGACGGCGAGUGUCUUGAGCAAGACGGCGGUGUUCCCGCUGGAUACUGUCAGGAAGAGGUUGCAGGUGCAGGGCCCGACGAGGGGGCGGUAUAUUGGUGGGGCGAGGGUUCCGGUGUAUGAGAGGGGUGUGGUGGGGACGUUGGGGAUGAUUUUGAGGAAGGAGGGGGCUGUGGGGUUGUAUCGGGGUCUGACGGUGAGUUUGGUCAAGGCCGCGCCGAGUAGUGCGGUGACGAUGUGGGCUUAUGAACGGGCGCUGCAUUUGAUUAUGAAGAUGGGGGAUAGUGAUGGGGUGGAUUGA